AUGGCCAGCAAGAAAUACGGCGUCUGGGCCGCCAAACCCACCUCCUACGACGCGCAAACCCCCAAACAAGACCCCAAAACCCCACACAUCACCCUGCAGCUCUCCGGCGGCGGCAGCGCCGAAAUCAACGUCAAAUCCACCUCCUCCGACGACCGCCUCGUCUUCUGGGUCAACAAAUCCUUCUUGCACCCCAUCACGUCCGCCCUCUCCCAACUGGCCCCGGGCCUCACCGAGAACCCCUCCGAAUCCACAUCCCUCGAUUUCCAGCGCACCACCCCGGCUCUCUUGGACGUAAAUGCCGGAACGCUGCUGGACCCUUACGAAAAGGGGCCCGAUAAUGAUAUCUUGGAUGAACUGGAGCCGAUCCUGGAUCAGGCGAUUCAUGAGGGGGCUAUGGUUUAUCUUUUUGGGCAGUUCUAUCAUGAUCGCGAUGGGGCGAGUGGGAUUCAUGAUUGUCAUAUGAAUCAGGGGAAUUCGGGGGGGGGUAUGAGAAUAAUAUCUGGAGUGAGUUUUUAACCCACAUUCGAGUCUGUUGAUUUGAGUUGGUAUGCUAACGUUUUGCUUUUCUUUUCUCUUUCUGUGUAGGCGACGGGAGUUUCAUGGUACAGUUCAAUGACGGACAUUGGGAGGCUGUGUUUCUGGCUUUCGCCACGCAGAGUUUGCCUACGGAUGACGAGGGCAAGCCGACGAGUGACGCGGAGGCUUUUGAUCAGAGGUUGGGAGGAAGCAGCAGUUCGUCUUAG